AUGGAUUGUGGAGCUGGGUCUGCACUUGGGCGUCAGUUCGUGAAGGAUGCACUUCACAUGCAUGGAGGCGUUGGUAUGGGCACCAGCGGCAACCCAGAGCAGGAUGCAUUGAUGAACGAAAUGAUGAUGAUGCAGCAACAACAGCAGCAAUCUGGACAUACGGGUGAAUGGGCACAACAGUUUGCCGCACAUCAUCAUCAUCAUCAUCAUAUGAAUAUGCAGCGUCAACAGAAUGACGUCGUUAUGCUUCAACAACAACAGCGAGAAAUGGAAGAGGCAUUUCGUGCGUCCUCUGCAGUUCCACAACAGGCAGUACCGACUCCUGCCAUGAUGGGGCCUCACAUGAUGGGGCCAAUGAUGGGUGGUCCUGGUUUCGCUGGCUUCAUGAUGGGUGGACCGUCAAUGAUGAUGAUGCCACAACAUCCUCAAAUGAUGGUACCAUCAAGACCAGUAAUGGCAACAGCAACGAAUAAGGCAACAACACAGGAGGCAACAAGCACGGCAACGGCAGUGGAGAGUAAUCAGACGCAGGAGGAUAAUGCAUGGACAGAGAAACUGCGUGAGGCAGAAUGGGGGCAGGACUACAGCGAUGUACAAGAGUACACUCUGGAUGGACAGACACCGCAAACAAUGGAAGAGCAUGCGGCGAACUCCAAGUUCUACCAAUUUAUGGAUAAGAUCCGAAAUAAGGAACUCAUCAUUGAUGAAGAGAUUGGACAGGUAGUGGAAGGACCUGGACCCGACCCGGAUGUUGCUGAGGACACUGAAUAUUUAAAAGAAUGGGCCAACGCAGAGGGUCUUGAGAUGCCACCAGGUGUUUUUGAGCAUAUGCAGCAGCAAGGGGGACUACAUCAAGGCGCGGGUUACAUGCAUGCUGGGAAUGAUGGUGGUAUGCCACUUGAGAAGGAGUUUGAUCCCACAGAAGAUUUAGAGGAUUGGGCAAAAGAGUAUGCAGAGCUACAGGAACAGAUGCAGAAGGCACAAAACAACACAGAUUACCCAUUUGAACCAAAUAAUCCGUAUAUGCAUCACGAUAACCCGUUAGAAGAAGGACGAGAAAUGCUGCAAUUGGGAAAUCUCGCUGAGGCCGCUCUUGCCUUUGAGGCCGUGUGCCAAAAACAGCCGGAGUAUGAGGAAGGAUGGCGUCUGCUAGGUACCACACAAGCCGAGAAUGAAAAAGAUAUGCUUGCUAUCAUUGCCCUAAAUCAUGCACGUAUGUUAGAUCCAAAAGACUCCGCCGUGCAUGCCGCACUUGCCGUAUCGCACACAAAUGAACAUAACUCACAAGCAGCUCUACAAUCAUUGCGUGCGUGGUUACUCUCCAACCCACAGUAUGAGCAUCUUGGUUCAGUAAAUCUUCAGGAUGUGGCAGGUCCAGGUGAAGAACUGGAUGUGACCAGUGAAGACUUUUACUUUGCCGCACCAAGUGAAUAUCGUGAGUGUCGUACACUUCUACAAGCCGCGGUGGAGAUGAACCCAACGGACCCACAGCUGCACGCUAGUCUCGGUGUUCUGCACAGUCUAUCAAACCGCUUUGAUGAUGCCGCCGCUGACUUCCGCCACGCUGUUGAACUUAGACCAGAUGACGCGAAGUUGUGGAAUAAACUUGGUGCCACACUUGCGAACGGCAACAAACCAGAGGAGGCACUGGAGGCAUACAAUCGUGCACUCGAUAUUAACCCUGGAUAUGUACGGGCCAUGUACAACAUGGCAGUGUCGUACUCCAACAUGGCACAGUACCCACUCGCGGCGAAACAAAUCACGCGGGCCAUUGCCGUUCAGUCGGGUGGAACACAACCACAAGGUGAGGGGUCGCGUCAGUCCACACGUGGAUUGUGGGAUCUUUUGCGUAUGGCCCUUAACCUCAUGGACCGCAGCGACCUGGUGGAACUCACAUGGGAACAGGAUGUAACACCAUUCCUGAAGGAGUUUGGAUUGGAAGAUAUGUUGAUUUGA